AUGAGUGAAGAAGUUUGGGAUGGAAAUCAAGGGACUUUGUCCGUUUAUGUUAGUAAAGCCAAGGACUUACCUAAUCUAGAUAAACUGGAUAAGCAGGAUGUGCUUUUGAGAUUGAGAAUCGCUCAUAUGACUCGUGAGAGCGAUACCAUAAUUAGGGCAGGUCAAACGCCAAUUUUCAAAUACUACGAGAAAUUCGAAAUCACACCAGAGUUAAGACCCUUGAUGUAUGUUGAGAUUUAUUCGGAUAGGAGGAAAAAAGCACCCAUUCUUAUAGGAAGAUGUGAGGUUGAUCUUUUGAAUGGUAUUCGUGCAGAUCCCAAGGAAGGCUACUGUACCUGGUACGAAUUGAAGAAGCCAAAUAACGACUUUGCUGGAACUGUGUUUAUCGAAUUGACUUUUAAGCCUACGUACCCCACAUUCAGGAGAGAUGGGGAGUCUUAUAAUUCAAGAAAUCAGGACAAAUCCAUGGCCGCAAGACCUAUACCUCCAUUACCAGAUGACAUGAGCCAAUUUGAAAAUGAACCAGAAUCAUUCAGGCCGAACCACUAUAAUUCCCAUUUUUCAUCUUCGAGUAGUUCAAGAACUCAAUCCAGAUUUGGGGGAAGUGAAAGCGAUUAUUUGCAUGCCUCGGCGGUACGACAAGUCACACCAGCGAUAGUAGAUGACAAUCACCAUCGUGUAGCUCAACGGUUUGCUACGUCUGAUAAUUAUGGAAACGAAAACGGACCAGCGAACUUCAUGUCUUCUGUUGGAACUAGCUCCACAGUAACUACGCAAGAUUCGAGUACAACUACUAUAACAAAUAACUCGGAUACUAAGUUUCACUUUGCUAAUUUGAGGAAACUGAAAGAAAAGAUUAAUAUCUUUAAGAAUCCUAACAAUUCUGAAGAGCCAGAAACAAAAAACUCAAAUGUUGAUAUAGAAGCGCUACAAAAGGCGAUAGGUAUAAAUAACGACGCUCAAUCAGAUGAUGUUAGCUCAACGGAAUCAUUUCAUGAACGUUACCAAGCAUCAAGAGAUAUUUCAAAAUCGAGCAGUAGAGGGCAUAAUGAUGCUCUUUUUAAAUACUCGGGUGGGCAGAAUAAUGAACCUCCACUACCACCUUUACCAAAAAGUCCGUCAAGAUCUCCUACAAGAGACAGGAGCCCUCAUCGUACUCCUCAUAGCCAUCACUAUCAUCAACAUCAGGAAAUGGUAUCACCUAAAUUACCUCCAUUACCUACAAGUAGAAACAACUCAACUUCUCCAACAAGAAGGAGACCGCCACCUAUUUAA